CUCGUGUCUAACAACACCUUCGUCUGACCAGCAUGACCGCAAACGCUUCGCAUAUUGGCAGCGCGCCCACAAGUGCGACUCAAGACGUGCGAGCGGCUAUAGGAGCCAUGAACAUUGAUCUGGACCACGUACAAGAGUCGUUCAAGAGACUUCAUGACAGUACAGCAAAUGUGCAGGUCUCUGGUCCUACCACCUAUGACAUUGAGCAAGACGUGAACAUCUUGCGCAGCCAAGUCAGAGAUUCGCACGCUUCAAUGGAGCAGGAAAUACACAGAUUGGACAAGUUUGCGCGCGAGGAAGUGAAGAAGCAGGCCUACGCCAGCUUGCAGGAGGAUCUCCUCGAGUUCAUCAAAGAGGCCGUCCGGAGUCAAGUUAGACAGCAGGUCGAUAUCCAGAUCCAGGAGCAAAUACCCAUCAGUUUGAAGCAGCAAUCUUCCGUGAAUCAGUCGCAAGUCCAGGACGCAAGAACAUCUCUGAACAACUCAGAUGCAAGAAAGAAGAACUCUUUGCUCAGGAUCCAGAAUCUCGACGAGGAACUGUCCGUGAUUCUGCGGGCUGAUGGAUCGAAGGGCAGUCUGUUCCCCGCGAACAUAAGGUCUCUGCUGUCGUAUGACGCGGAAAAUAUGCAGAAACUGGUGCAGGAAUACGAUUUGCCUGUGGAUCCCGUGAGGGAGGUUAACACCAACAAAUUUUUGGGAUAUAUCGGUAUCCCCUUUCAACUUGUACUGUGAUAAGAGACGGCUUCUUUUCUGCUAAGAGCAUAUUCGAAUGAGCCGCGGGAUUCGUUGCUGAGAUGGUGGAUUAUGCGAAUCAAGGUCAACGUCACAGUGUGACCCUGCGCGACCGCACCUCUCUUGCUCGCUCUCACCACUGUUGAUAUAAGUAUGCCCUAGUAUGCCUCUUUGUCUUCGCUAUCAAAAUCAUUUCUCCCCAUCUCUCUGGCGCUAUCUGUGCAAAUAUCGCUUACGGGUGACAUAUCGAAGCAUACUUAUCACUAACGCGCCAAGAAUGAAGAUUCCGUUUCCACAUGGUGACUGACACUGGCACACGACCGUGGUCCUCCUCAAUAGUCCUCAAUCCAUCAGAGAUCAUCCUCGCAAUCUCUCGCAAUCAUAGCGCUCUCGCAGAUCUGGAGAUUUGACUAGUUCAACGGGAAGAACGAACAAGCGAUUAGUGUCUGGGGAGUCGGACUUGGUGCCUAUAUAGCCCUUCUUUUUCGCAUGAUGCUACUGUCCUUCGACCCUGGAGCUUCUCUCUCCCUCCUCUCCCAAGCACAGACCAAUGGCAGGACUGCAAUCCGACGUAGGUGUCAUCGCUGCCGAGGCUGAGGCUGUCGGCCACAAACGUGCAUAUGACGAGAAGGCAUCAUAUAGCGAGCCGGAGGAGGAAUACGUUGAUCCCAAAGACGACCCUCAUGCUGGCCUGGUCUUUCCGACCGAGGAGGAGCUGGCCACGCUGCGUCGUGUUGCUGACACCAUGCCUUGGAGCGCUUACCUCAUCGCCGCUGUGGAGGGCGCUGAGCGGUUCUCAUUCUACGGAGCUAGUGUCGUCUUCACCAACUUCAUCCAGCACAAACUGCCCAAGGACUCUCGGACUGGUGCUGGCGGACCACAUGGCCAAUCUGGGGCCUUGGGCAAGGGGCAGCAAACUUCGACCGGUAUUGGUACAUUCUACCAGUUCUGGUGUUAUAUUACCCCUCUCUUGGGAGCGUAUAUCGCCGACGCUCAUUGGGGCCGUUACAAGACCAUUCUUGUGGCAGUCUUCAUCGCUCUGCUCGGACAUAUCAUCAUGAUCAUAUCCGCUGUGCCCACCGUCCUGGAACACCCGAAUUCGGCCUUUGGCGUCUUCAUUCUCUCUCAGAUUGUGACAGGCCUCGGAACUGGUCUCUUCAAGGCAAACAUCUCUCCGUUGGUUGCUGAGCAGUACCGCCGCACCAAGCCGUUCGUUGUGACCACCUCCGGUGGAGAGCGCGUUAUCUGCGACCCGACGAUGACUGUGUCCCGGAUGUACAUGUACUUCUACCUGUUCAUCAACGUAGGCGCCCUUGUUGGUCAGAUCACUAUGGCCUAUUCAGAGAAGGCACGUAUCCUCUUUGCGUUCACCCGUUGCCCACUGAUCGCUUCGAACAGUUCUAUCCUCGCCACCUUCAUGAAAAUGUUUGCUUUCGCUGCCAAGGGCAAGUUCUCCGCCAGCCCCAUUGCCACCUGGAAGAACUUGACCAGCCCUAACUUCUGGGAAAGCGUCAAGCCAAGCAACGUUGCCGUUGAGUCGCGGCCGGCCUGGAUGACAUUCGACGACAAGUGGGUCGACGAGGUUUCUCGAGGAAUUAAAGCGUGCUGGGUGUUCCUGUGGUAUCCAAUUUACUGGUUGACCUACAACCAGUUGAACAACAAUUUGACUUCGCAAGCCGGAUCCAUGAACACCCAUGGCCUCCCGAACGACGUCUUGUCCAAUUUGGACCCGCUCGCGCUCAUCAUCUUUAUUCCCAUUUGUGAUCGUGUGAUCUACCCCGCUCUCCAGCGGGCCGGCUUCAACUUCACGGCUCUGAAGAAGGUUACCGCCGGCUUUUUCACUGGUGCUGCGGCUAUGGCUUGGGCUGCCGUUGUCCAGCACUACAUCUACAAGCGUUCUCCUUGUGGUUAUAACGCUACGACUUGUGCGGAUGCUGACGGAAAUGUCAUCCCCGCACCGCUCAACGUGUGGAUUCAAACCGGAUCGUACGUGCUGGUCGCUUUCUCGGAAAUUCUCGCGUCUAUCACUGGUCUCGAGUAUGCCUUCACCAAGGCUCCGAGGAACAUGCGCUCUCUCGUCAUGUCUGUCUUCCUUUUCACUUCCGCCAUCUCUGCAGCGAUCGGAGAAGCGUUUGUGGCGAUCUCGACCGACCCUCUGCUUGUCUGGAACUACGGCUCGAUGGGUGUCAUCGCCACCGUGGCUGGAGCGCUCUUCUGGUUGCACAUCCGCAGCAUCGAUGCUCGCGAGGACGAACUCAACCGGCUUGCAACCGGGACCCUCGAUGCGAAAGUGCCCGUCAAAGAGGUGUAGCCGUAUAGCACUUUGUAAUGUUACAUUUACCUGGGUGAUGAAUUUUAUGACGCGAUGUCUUGUAUGUA